GAGUUUGAGCAUGAGCUCCUGGCAUUCGAGCAGAGGUUUAUCAUCCUCGAGGAGGGCCCUGCCGGCUUAGACAUCCUCGCGAGCAACCUAUCCAAGGACAAGCUCAACUUAGAGAAGCGGCUGAAGUCGUCCAACGAGACCGUGGACUCACUCACGGCUUCCGUUGGCGAGUGGAGGCGGCUGAGCGAGGAGAAGGAUCUUGAGAUCUCUGACCUCAGCACGAAGCUCGAUCAGAUGAUGCGGGAGCAUGCUGCCCUCGAGGAGGCGAUUGCGCAGAAGCGCCGCGAGAUCGAGCAGCAGGUGGCGGAGGAAAAGGCUGCCCUAGAGGCGAAGGUGCAGGAGCUGCAGCUGGAGUGGAUGAAGUUUGGAAAGCUCAUCAAGCGCGUCGCGCCCCCGUCUCACCUGAAUCAGUAUGUCGCUUAUGAUGUGCUCAAGAAGGCCAUCGUCGUCCUCCAGGAAGCGGAGAAAAAGCGCACGGCCGAAGAGGCAUCUGGCGCUGGGGCCGGCGUAGCAAGCACGGACGAGAAGGAGGUUAGUGAAGCUUUCGGGAACUCCACCACGAGCGCAAGCGGACAACCUCCAGAGUCCAGGUUCUAUGAGCUGAUUAACCAUGAGAUGCAGAAGGUGAACAGACACUUCUCUUUGCAGCUUCGGUCCAUCGUGGACAACCUCAAAGAAGCGCAGGCGGCCCUGUUCCAGCACGUGAAGGCUGGAGGCGGAGGGGACAACCUGCCGGUGGCCGAAAGGUUCCUUCAGACGGCGGCAGACGUCUUGGUAGAGCUGGACAACUACCGCAGCCUCAACAAAACAGCCUUCAGGAAGAUCGCGAAGAAGUUCGACAAGGGCCUUACCACCAAGAAGCCUCUGUCAAAAUGGUUCAUGCCGCAGCUGGAGCGCGAGCAGUUUGUCGCCUACCCGCUGGACUCGAUGCUGCUGGCCCUGGCACUGGGGUUCGGCGCGCUGCGACGCUUCCAGCCUAGCCCGCCUGCAUCCCAGCCGCGGAAGACGUCUGGCGAGGAGCGAACCACCACACUGGUGCUCAACAGCGCCGGGCACCUUCGUGCCCUCUGUACCUUAGUCAAGAACUUCGACCUGGUUUUCCCUCCGCAGCAGGGGCAUCUGGCCUCCACGCCGGAAUCGAUGUCAGGUGAAGGACUUACCACCGAGCUUCAGAAGCUGAUCCGUGCCAUGGGCAUGGGUAUCAUGCAGAGCCGCCUCUACUCGAAGACGAGCACCGUCUACUUCGACUCGCCCUCAGCGGGCUUCCCCAUGUACCAGAAGCUGCUGGCGAAGGAUGGGCCCAACGGUAGCUUUGCAGCCUUCCGCUGCAGGCAGACAG